ACAUCACAAGCAGCCGACGGAAGUGCGUCAUUGAAUCGCAGAGACAGAAAUGGCUGGUGUGAUAAAGAAGACAACGGGCUUGGUGGGCCUUGCUGUCUCCAACAAUUCACACGAGCGUCUUCGGAUUCUGUACACAAAGAUCCUGGGCUGUCUACAGACCAUGCCUCAGGAUGCUGGCUACAGGAAAUAUACGGAACAGCUGGUCAAUGAGAGGUUCAACCAUGUCAAAACUGAACCUGAUGUAGAAAAGCUGGAAAAGAAACUCAACUGUGGACAGAUUGAGGAGAUCAUUGCACAGGCCGAGGCAGAGCUGUCCUUGUCUAGGAAGAUGACAGAAUGGAAACCAUGGGAACCACUUGUAGAAGAGGCACCAGCAAACCAGUGGAAAUGGCCAAUCUAAAGUCCUCAUGGUGUUUACGUACAUGUAUAUUAUGUUUAUAUUAAAUAAUGCAUAAAGUCAA